GUAGAGAGACAACAAAUAAACAAACAACUUUUUUCGAGAGACGCGCCAGAGGGAGCCCUCUAGAAAAAGCCACUGACCAUGUCGUCCAUGGAUUUGGAGAUCGCGGGGAAGAUGGACUUGGAUGGGGACACCGAGGGUCAGCCCGGGGAGCUGGAAGCGUCGGAUGCAUUGGCCGCAGCAGCCUUAUCGACAAAGCGCAAUAAGCCCUACUUCAAGAAGUUCAAGGAGCCGGAUUCCGAUGAGGAAGUUGGCGAUCCCCGUGGCCUGUUCAAUGUCCAGGAGUCCUGGCGAACGCUGAUGUCGCUGGCCAGCUGUCAGAAGGUCAUGGUGUCGGAGAAGGCUCAGAAGAUCCUGAAGAUCGAGGUGGGCAUCAAUGUGACGCAGGAGUUUCCCUGGAAGCAGGUGCAGUUCAAGGACCUUCGAGACGUUCUCUUCGACGAGCUUGAGAACUCGGCCGACCUGAUGAAGAAGUUCAAGAACUUCAAUCCGGAGCACUAUGUUCUCAUGGGCUUCUGUCCUUUGCUGACCGAACAAGAGGAUGAUCCGCCCGAGGGCGAGCCCUUCAUCUUCUACUCGAGCAUCAAGGAGUCCAAGAUGGCCAUGGGCAUCAUCCAGAACAUGGAGCACUUCGAGCGAUGGCGGAUGCAACGGCGCCUGCGCAAAAAACCGCGUCGGUGGGUGAGCCAUGGAACCGACGACGAGAUGACCAUCCUGGUGGAGCGUUUCAAGGACGAGCCCAUCGACGUGGAGAUCCAGAGUGUGUACCCGAUCCAGAUGCCGCGACACAUAGCCUUCGACUAUCGGAUGACCCGGGAUGUCAGAGAUGGAGUGAUCGAACUUUUGCCAAACGAGAACAUCAAGUGGGAAAAUGUGACCAAGAAACGGGUCACGGUUGCUGUCCAAUCCGCUCCUCCCAAGAUCGAUCGGGAACAGCAGACCAACCCCACUUUUCCCUCGAAUGCUUGGUCGCAGUAUCUCUACGAGAUCGACGAUGAAGAUCUCGAGCUGGAUGAAUCCGAAGUGGACGAAGAGGAGGAGAAGAGAAAGGCCCAAGCCAAGCCAGGAACUUAUGUGGAACCGGAAAAGUUACCGCCCGAAAUGUCCGAACAAAUAGAAAUGCUGCUCAAUACCCUGGAUUUCAAUCAGAUCGACAGUUAUCGCGACGACUAUAGUUUGAUAUCCACUCGACAAGUGGUGCAGUACACCAAUCCGUACCUCCAGGAGUUCCUCUGCUUUGCGAACAUCUCGAAGAGCAACAAACGUUAUGUGGCUGGCUACGACUGGUAUCCGAAAUUAUCCGGUCUGAUUGCAGUUUCCUAUGCUUUUAGUACUCCAGCCACCAUUAAAGAGGCCAGCGAUCGGGUGGAUUAUGUGCAGCGAGCGGUUCUGGAGCCCAAUCCCGUACUCCUGUGGAGCUUCUCGGAUAACCUGAACUACAAGCUGGAGUUCGAGGCGCCGAUCGAGACCACCGCACUGACUUUUUGCCCCUUCAAUGCGGAUAUCCUGAUUGGAGGCUGCAAGAAUGGUCAGGUUGUGUUGUGGGAUCUGCAGGGUCGGUGCGAGAAGUUGGAUGAGGAGGAGUAUCUGACGGCUGCCCAGGCCAAGUACCGGGUAAUGAUCGGCGAGUUCCUGAACUGGACCAUUGACAUAGAAGAUAAUGUCAUCACGCCGGCCACCAUUUCCAUGUUGGACUGCUCACCGAAGGGUGCCAUCACAGGAUUCUACUGGCUGGGUCGUUCGAUCUAUUUGAGUCAGUUUGGCAAGGUCUAUAAUGACACCGAUAACCGGAAUCACCACAAGUUCUUUGUGACCUGCGCCUUUGAUGGCACCAUUAGCUUCUGGGACCUCGAUGGCAAGGGAGCGAAGGGUGCCAAGGAGAAGAUGCGGAACCGCAUGCUGCCCAAGGAAUUGACCCAGAGCGAGUCUGCUUUCAAGUCGCUGGCCAUUAAGCCCACCUACAAUAUUUAUUUCCCGGAACCCCUGACGGGAAUCAUAGCGGACACCUCGUGUUUCUCGUGCUUAACGCCGGUGGCACGGUUGAUACACGCCAAUCCCUCCAAUUAUCCCAUCAAGACGAUAGCCAAGGACCCUUCAACUGUGCGCCAGAGCAUGAUAGUCUCCACUUUUUAUGGUCAUAUCAGCCGAAUUGAUUGGCAGGGCACCUACACGGAGGGUGAGGCCACGGAGACCAUUAAUAGUUCCAUUCCCUUUGCCAUGGUCCACGAUGGACCUGUGGUGAUGGUGAAGAAGAACCCUUUCUAUCCGCAGCUGUUCGCCUCCAUUGGACGCACCAUCCUGGCCAUCUGGAAGGAGGACUACAACUACUCGCCCAUCUUUUGGCGCCAAAGAGCCUGCGACCUCACCGCCGUCGCCUGGAGCGAAACGCGUCCGGCAGUUUUGUAUUUGACCAGGAUCGAUGGGAUUCUCGAGGCGUGGGAUAUAUUGGCUCGAGAUGAUGACGCUUGCCUAAGCGAGAUACUUGGCGGAGGUGUAAUAACUGGCAUCACCGAGCACCGUCCUUCGCUGCCGUACAAGAUCCUGGGAAUUGGAGACUACAAUAGUAGCAUCCGCAUGGUGAAGUUGCCCCACACCUUCGAUGUUCCGUUGCCCAAUGAACUGCAGCAGCUGAUGAACUACGUCCUGAAGGAGGAGCGCCGCAAGGUGGGCAUCCAGGCAUGGGAGCAGAAGUACUACGAACUCAACAAGGACAUCAUCGAGGCGAAGCGGGAGGCAGAGGCGGAGACCCGCAAGGAAAUGGAGAAGCUGGAGAGAGAGGAGCAGCUGGCCACCAGAAAGAAGGGUCAGAAGUCUGCUGAUGAAGAAGGAGGAGGAGCAGGGGAGAGCAGAGCCAAAAAGCCGUACAGUGGCCUCAACUACAAUGAGAGAAUGGCAGUGAAGUGGGACGAAUUGAACCUAAACCGGAUGAUGACCAUCCUGAUGUCGCGCAAGCAAAUGGAUCCCGAGAAGUUGGCCAGGGAGACGGCGUUGGAGAAGGAGCAGCUGGCCUACGAGGCGGCCAAGAAGAAGUCCCAUUCGGAUGUCCUGGCCAGAGUGGAGAACGAUAUCGCCACCAUCCGGGCGCGAAUCCUGCCGGCGGAGAUCUCCGACAUGCAGCGCAGCGAGAUGAUCCAGGAGCGGGUAAAACGAGAGGUGGAGAAUGCCGACACCUACGAACAGGUUUGCGAGGACUCCUUCGAGAUUCUGGGCAUGUUCAACGAGUUCAAGACCAUCGACUACAUUGAGUUUCUGGAGCGGGGUCGUCAGAGGCGCCAGUUGCUGGACCAGUCCUUGGGCGGAAACACGGAUCGACUGCUGUGGUACCAGGAGCGGGUCAAACUGGGGGAGCUGGGUGAGUGCCUGUUCGGCUAUGAGUCCGUCGCCAGUUCUCAGGCGGAGGCGGAGGCGGAGGCGUCAAGUCAACCCGACUAUGCGGCUCCUGAUUUUAUGCUGCCAACGAACAACGAUGCUCCUCUGGAUAUGGUAAUAGAGGAGUUCGAGGACUAAUCGUUUCGAUUCUACUUUGCAGUUGGUUAAUGAAAUAUUUAUGAAAUGUCAAGCACUUUGACUUUGAAAAUUGACCAUUAAAUCUUAGCCUUAGAU